AUGGAUGCUGCGGCGGCGAAGUCGGCGGAAGCGCCGCCCGAUCCUCCACUCGGAUCGAAGCCUCCCCCAAAAAAGAACAAUAUACCAGUAGCCGGAGGUGUAGCUCGUGAUAAGAACAUCCACCAUGAUAGUCAAAACCUGCAACAACCUCCGAAAAUCGGAUCUCGCUCAGCAAAGUUAUUCUGUGAAGUCAGUACCCCUGAUAUGCAUAAUGCAAAAAAUCUGGAUCAGGUUGUAAAUCAAGGAAUACAACUGAGAGAUAACAUACUUUCUUCCAAGGAUAACAAGGAUGUAGAGAAAGAGAUGCAGGACAAAAAUCAAACCAAAAAUGAUGACCUUCUAGAUCAGUUUGAUCAGUUUGUUGUCCAUGCCGAGAUGGAAAAAAGGAAGAAGGUUGCCUUAGAAUUGCAGUCUCCACAAGUUCUUAAGGAUACAUGCAAUCAGAUUGUGCCUUUCGAAGAUGGAAAAAUGUUGGGGCCAAAUAUUGACCAGAGUAUUGUUCUUGAAGGAGAUAAUUUUUUGCAUGAAGUUGUUCCUUUGGCGACAAAAGAUCCAGAGAAGGAGCAAAAUGCAGAGACUGAAAAUUUUGCUAUCAAUGACACAACCAUAAUGGAAGCACCAGAAGCAGUACUGAAAUUCCUAUCUCGUGACGAAGAAGAUAAAAACAUCGAAGAGGACGAAAGUGAUGAUGAUGAUGCUUCUAAGCAAUUGGCCAAAAUACUCCCAGAUGGUGAAAGCGAUGAAGACAUAUCAGAAUUUGAAGACUCUUCAAACACAUUCAUUCCCACUGGAGAAGAACUUAGUGAAGAGAGGCCACCAGAAAUUGGAAUGCUCUUUGAUACAUUGGAAGCGUCCCAGCGGUUUCUCAAUAUUUAUGGCUACUUGCAUGGAUAUGGUGUGGUCAAAGGUCGGAACUACAAGAACAAGAAGAUCACUUUCCAGUGCUGCUUAGCAAGGAAAACGCAUGCUCCCAAUCUUACACAGAGGAAAAGGAAGAGAUUUUGUUUAUGGCAUAUCAUGAACAAUUGUUCAGAUAAAAUGGGAGGUUUCAUGGCUGCUAGGGAAGGGAUGGAAGAUGAGAUGAGGAAUAUAAUCAUGGACUCCCUUACAAUUGAAGAAUUUGAAAGCAAGUGGAAUGCCAUGAUUGAGAAGUACGAUGCAGCCAGUCGCAGCGAAGGGAUGAAUUCCAUAUUCAAGGAUUACGUGAAGCGCAAGGACACACUAGAAACAUUCCUUGUCCAGUACGAGUUGUUUCAAGAAACAAUCAUUGAAGCGGAAAAUGAUGACAGAUUUGUAUCGAUUGGUCUCGAGCCAAUAUAUUGGGGCCACAACCUUGUCGAGAAACAUGCUGGAAAGAUCUACACUCGGGGAAUUUUCUUCAAGUUCCAAGAUGAAAUGCACAAUUCAACAGCCUUUGGAGUUGAAGUAAUAGAAGAAAACAAAAUUUAUAACCUGAAGAAGAAUUUCAACUACAAAGGGCAAGAAUUCCAUCAGCAGUCUUUCCGUGUAGAAGUUGACAGAACAAAAGAGUUGUUUGAUUGCAUCUGUGGGAAGUUUGAACGAGAUGGCAUACUGUGCUGUCAUGUUUUACGACUCUUCACACAGUUUGACAUAAAUCAAAUCCCAGAUCAUUACAUCAACAAGCGAUGGACCAAAGAAUAUAGAGAAACUGAAUUACUCAAACACAAGAAAAGAAUGAUUGAUGAAGGCGCAGGUAGUGAAAGCUCACAGGUAUCAAUGAGGUAUGCAAUUGUAAUGAACAAGGUGUCAGACUUGUGUGCAGAAGUAUGCAAAGAUGCCAACAGCAGCAAAGAGUUCUUGGAGGAGAUACAAAAACUUCAAGAGAAAUACACAUUGAAGCAUAAAACACAACCUGCACAAGGAGCUCCGCCUCAUGAAGAACCACUGAAAGAUCCGCCAAUAAGAAGCAACAAAUCAGUAGACAAAGGUGAUAGACUGAAAAGGCAAUCAGAAAAGAAGACAAACAAGAAGAAAGCAAAAAAAAAGAAUGCUGAUGAUAAAAGUGAUCUUCCUUGA